AAACAACGUCUCGCCCGACUCGGAAGCAAGCCACGGAGUGUGACGCGUCCCUGGUCGCGCCGAAUCACCACUUAACAUGGAUCCUACAGAAGACAGCAUGCAUGUACCUGAACCGGAGGUUCUAUCUCUUGCGACGUUAUUCACGCCUCAAUUCCUCGUACUCUCAUCACUAGCCGUUGCAGUGAUACUCCUGGCAGUCGUUGCCUUCGUGUCACGCAGGAAAUCCAAUUUACGAGGCGAUGCCUUAUUACUCGUUGGUCCACCUGACGCGGGAAAGACUGCCAUCUUCUCGUCGCUUGUGUACAGACAGACAUUGCCAUCACAUACAUCCAUGCAACCAAACGUCUCGAGCAUGCAUUUGCAAGACAAGUCUCUACGAGUAGUCGACGUUCCUGGACACCCACGCAUCCGCGAUCAGUUCCGGGAAUAUAUGACGGAUGCUCAGGGUAUCGCAUUUGUUGUGGACUCAAGCACAGUGUCUAGAAAUGGUGCAGUGGUUGCCGAGCACUUGCACCAGAUCUUGCACGCCAUUGCAUCACUCCCUCCCUCACGGCCUACGCCAGCCCUAAUCAUUGUUGCGCACAAAGCAGACUUGCUCAAAUCCACGGCGCAGGCAACACCCGGGCAACUCGCCGUCAAUCGCGCAAGGGCAAUUCUCGAGCGGGAGCUUGAAAAGCGACGCGCGUCACAAGCUGGCGGAGUCGGUAUCGAAGGCUUGGGCGCAGAGGGCGCCGAGUCUGAGAUGGGCGGACUGGAGUGCAGUGGAAAUGGCGAGUUCAGAUUCGACGCAUGGGAAGGAGGCGAGAUUGUCUUUGUGGGCACCUCAGUGAACACGAAGCAGACGAACGGAGUGGUGGAUGAGAAGUCCGACGACAUCGAUGGUCUUGCACCUCUUGUACAAUGGAUAGAGGAAUUGUAGUACUACCUUAUGUAUUGACCAGAUGUGCACGGGUUCAGUGCGAACUUCCGCACCGUGCACAAUAUCGAGGAGGAUUUUGCCGUUCGGGCUCGGAGCGCCACGUAUGCCAAAUAUUGACAAACAGAUGGCAGCGUAUAAAUUUGCACGACGGAC